UGUGAGUUUCCCCCCUUAGAUAUAAUCUCUCUCUGACGCGCAAACUCUGUAGUAGCAGGCAACCGGGGAAGGGAUUCCGUAGUGGAAGACAUUCAAGUUUACUUCCGCUCAGCUUCAAGUUCAUAGCGAUAAGUCCCUCGGAUCUCCAGGUGACCUCAUUUUCGAGUAAAUGAAUUACGGGAAGUUUGGAUUACCCUCCUUCACUGGAGAAGACGGUCCUCCAGUGAAGACUUUCAAGCAAUCAUUUAAUUCUGCCGAAGCCGAGCUCCCUCUUUACCUGCAUACGAGAGAACCGAAAGUUCUAAAUAGAUGGCAGAAGGGCGCCUUUACCGCUUUGCUUGCUAUAUGUCUGGCUGGCCUUUUGCUACAGAGAUACCAACCUCACCGGCACACACACACGCAACCUCAGACACAAUCCCGCAAUCCUGCCUAUCUCAUAGAAGCGGAACAUGGUGCCGUCGCUUCUGAGAACAAACGGUGUUCAGACAUAGGCAUCGACGUGUUGAAGGAAGGAGGAAAUGCUAUCGACGCCACCAUCAGCGCCGUUUUUUGCGUUGGCGUGGUCAACAUGUUUUCCUCUGGCAUAGGGGGAGGGGGAUUCAUGACGGUUCGCAUCCCACCCUCGUCCGAGGGUGGUAGUUCGGAAGUAUAUACCAUUGAUUUCAGAGAAACUGCACCCGCUUUGGCAAAUAGUACCAUGUACAAGGAUGAUCCAGAUGCCGCGCGAUGGGGCGGAUUAUCAGUUGGCGUUCCCGGUGAAAUGCGCGGACUCCAGGAAGCACACAGACGCUGGGGGACAUUGCCGUGGGCUAGACUUGUGCAGCCUAGUGUAGACCUUGCUGCUGAAUGGACGGUUGACAUAGAGCUGGCACGACGUCUGGAGAUGUUUGCACCAGCUAUGCUUCCUAAGGAAGACUGGAGAUCGAUAUUUGCUCCUGAAGGACGGAUGCUGCUUGAAGGCGAAACUAUUAGACGGACGAAUUACUCACGCACACUUUCUGCUAUCGCUUCGGAGGGACCCGAUGUUUUCUACAAGGGCCCGAUAGCUGACUCCAUCAUACGCAAGAUACAAGCCACAGGAGGAAUAAUGACGAAUGAAGAUCUAGAGAAAUAUACCGUGAAGGUGGAUCAUGCUCUUCAAGGGACAUAUCAUGACAAGAAAGUGUAUACCAGCCGCGUUCCUACUUCAGGACCCGUCCUCCUGCAUAUCCUGAACAUCUUGGAACGUUAUGAUCUCAUCGGUGAAGGUCGAACUGGCUUAAACACCCACCGGUUCAUAGAGGCCUUGAAGUUCGGUUUCGCAGCUCGGCGAGUCCUCUUCUCCCAGUUUCUUACAACCAGCUCACAAUACACUAGCACAAGGAUUGGUGACCUGCCAUAUAUUACCAAUGGAACAGCCCGUAUCGCCGAAAUAUCCACCAAAUCCUUUGCGGACGCUGUAGCAGUCAACCUCACUGAUGAUCGUACCCAUCCCCCCGAAUAUUAUAACCCAGAAUUCGACGUGAAGAUUGAUCAUGGGACUAGUCAUACAUCCGUGGUAGACAAGGACGGGAUGGCCGUAGCAUUGACGACCACGGUGAAUCUUAUCUUUGGAUCCAUGGUUCUCGACCCCGAAACUGGAAUUAUCCUAAACGACGAGAUGGACGAUUUUGCGGUUCCUGGAUCGCCUAAUGGUUUCGGGUUGUGGCCCUCACCGUAUAAUUACCCCGAGCCCGGAAAACGCCCCCUAUCCUCAACGGUACCAAGCAUCAUCGAAAACGCAGACGGCUCCUUUUACCUAGCAAUCGGAGGUUCCGGAGGCGGACAAAUCUUCGCUAUCGAAGCCGGAAGAGUGCACGAUCAACUAUACCCAUUAACCGUAGACGCCGACGAUAUCGUGCCUGGUCUCAUAUUGAACGCUCUCAUAGACCGCGGGCACAAUGUCACAGUGUCAGAUAUCAACCGCAUCGCUGCUGUCGUACAAGCGGUGGUUUCGAAAGAUGGCAAGAUAUUUGCGGCUAGUGAUUCGAGGAAGAAUGGUGAGGCCGCUGGAUAUUAGCCGCCGGUUUGGGGUCCAUUUUGUCCGAUGCGAUGAUAGCAUCCGUAGCCAAGUAUUUAACAGCAAUUGCAUUUAUGCGAGUCUAGAGUCCGACUCCGAAAUAACGGCAUUUUGUUUAGCAUGAGCUU